AAAACAGAGCAGAGGCGCUGAAACAGAGCGUGUGCACAGAGCAGGAGCUGGGAGAGUGGUGUUUGUUCUCAGGAGCAAAAAAAAAAAAAUCUGACAUUUCAGUUCAUACAUAAAACGUUGUGUGUAACUCGGCAACAUGUCGGCAAAGGCCAUCUCCGAACAGACAGGAAAGGAGUUCCUGUACAAACACAUCUGUACCACAGCCAUCGUGCAGAACCGCUUCUGCUAUGCCAGGGUCACUGAAGCCACUGACUGGGACCGACUGGUUCAGGAGCAUCCAUGGCUGCUUACUGAGAGAUUGGUUGUGAAACCAGAUCAGCUAAUCAAGCGCAGAGGGAAGCUGGGACUAGUAGGCGUCAACCUUGAUUUACAGGGUGUCAAAGAAUGGCUUAAACCCCGCCUUAUGAAGGAGACCAUGGUUGGGAGGGCAAAAGGCAUUCUGAAGAACUUCCUUAUAGAGCCUUUUGUUGCCCAUAAGCAGGAGGAAGAGUUUUAUGUGUGUAUCUAUGCAGCACGGGAGGGUGACUAUGUGCUGUUCCAUCAUGAGGGAGGAGUUGAUGUAGGUGAUGUGGACUCUAAAGCUCAGAAGCUCCUGGUGGGCGUAAAUGAGAAACUCGAUCUGGAUGCAGUGAGACGGAAACUCCUGACGCACGUCCCAGAAGACAAAAAAGAGGUUCUGGUUAAUUUCUUGGUGGGCUUGUUCAACCUGUACGAAGACUUGUACUUCACCUACCUGGAGAUCAACCCACUGGUGGUGACUAAGGAUGGAGUGUAUGUGUUGGAUAUGGCUGCUAAGAUCGACGCUACAGCUGAUUACCUGUGCAAGGCGAAAUGGGGCGAUGUGGAGUUUCCGCCUCCAUUUGGCAGAGAGGCAUAUCCUGAGGAAGCGUAUAUAGCAGAUUUGGAUGCGAAAAGUGGUGCAAGUCUGAAACUCACUCUACUCAACCCUCGUGGACGCAUCUGGACCAUGGUUGCAGGAGGCGGAGCCUCGGUUGUGUACAGCGAUACAAUCUGUGACCUGGGUGGAGUUAAUGAGCUGGCCAAUUAUGGAGAGUAUUCAGGAGCUCCAAGCGAGCAGCAGACCUAUGACUACGCCAAGACUAUCCUGUCCCUAAUGACCCGCGAGAAACAUCCUGAUGGGAAGGUGCUGAUUAUUGGAGGAAGCAUUGCAAACUUCACUAAUGUAGCUGCAACGUUUAAGGGUAUUGUCAGAGCAAUCAAAGACUAUCAGGAGCCUCUGAAGGAACAUGAAGUCAGCAUUUUUGUACGACGUGGCGGUCCAAACUAUCAGGAGGGUCUGAGAGUGAUGGGAGAAGUGGGUAAGACCACAGGAAUCCCUAUUCAUGUCUUCGGCACUGAGACCCAUAUGACCGCCAUCGUUGGCAUGGCACUGGGCCAUCGACCAAUUGCCUGUGAGCCACGUGUUGCUGCUCACACUGCCAACUUCCUGCUUAACACCAGCAGCAGCUCUGCGACUCCCACCUCCAGUAGAACUGCAUCUUUCUCGGAAGUCAAGAGUGGAGCAGAGGCUUCGCCUGCUAAAAAGGCCAAACCAGGGGCUCCGCCAGCGAAGGCCACCACUCUGUUCAACAAACACACGAAGGCCGUUGUGUGGGGCAUGCAGACCCGCGCCGUGCAGGGAAUGCUGGACUUCGACUAUGUGUGUUCUCGUGAGCAACCCUCAGUAGCAGCUAUGAUCUAUCCCUUCACUGGAGACCACAAGCAGAAGUUUUAUUGGGGUCAUAAGGAAAUAUUAUUACCAGUCUACAAAAACAUGUCCGAUGCCAUGAAGAAACACCCAGAAGUGGACGUCCUGAUUAGCUUUGCCUCUCUCCGCUCUGCCUUCGACAGCACUAUGGAGACAUUACAAUACCCACAGAUUCACACUAUCGCUAUUAUAGCUGAGGGAAUCCCAGAAGCUCUGACACGCAAGAUCAUCAAGAAAGCAGAUGAGCAGGGGGUCACUGUCAUCGGGCCAGCAACGGUUGGAGGAAUAAAGCCUGGCUGUUUUAAGAUCGGUAACACGGGUGGAAUGCUCGACAACAUCCUGGCAUCGAAGCUGUACAGGCCAGGCAGCGUGGCCUACGUCUCCCGCUCUGGGGGAAUGUCUAAUGAGCUCAACAACAUCAUCUCUCGCACCACUGAUGGAGUUUACGAAGGUGUAGCCAUUGGAGGAGACAGGUACCCAGGUUCAGUAUUCACAGAUCAUGUUUUGAGGUAUCAGGACACACCCGAUGUGAAGAUGAUUGUUGUGCUUGGAGAGAUUGGAGGGACAGAGGAAUAUACGAUCUGUCAGGGCAUUAAAGAGGGAAGGAUCACUAAGCCCGUGGUUUGCUGGUGCAUCGGCACUUGCGCUACGAUGUUUUCCUCUGAGGUACAGUUUGGCCAUGCCGGGGCGUGCGCAAACCAGGCCUCUGAGACGGCGGUGGCCAAGAACAAGGCCCUCCAAGAGGCUGGAGUCUUUGUCCCUAAGAGCUUUGAUGAGCUGGGAGAAGUCAUAAAAUCAGUGUAUGAUGACUUGGUGAACCGUGGUGUGAUUGUACCAGCUAACGAAGUUCCCCCUCCGACUGUGCCAAUGGACUAUUCUUGGGCAAGAGAACUUGGUCUGAUCCGUAAACCAGCGUCCUUCAUGACCAGUAUCUGUGAUGAAAGGGGGCAGGAGCUGAUCUACGCCGGGAUGCCCAUCACAGAAGUCUUCAAGUCAGAGAUAGGUCUAGGAGGGACCUUGGGUCUUCUCUGGUUCCAGAGAAGGUUACCCCGAUACGCAUGUCAGUUCAUCGAGAUGUGUUUGAUGGUGACUGCGGAUCACGGUCCUGCUGUUUCUGGAGCUCAUAAUACCAUCGUGUGUGCUCGUGCAGGGAAAGAUCUUAUCUCCAGCCUCACGUCUGGCCUUCUUACCAUUGGUGACCGGUUUGGUGGGGCACUGGACGCUGCUGCUAAGCAGUUCAGCAAGGCUUUUGACAGCGGCAUGCUGCCCAUGGAGUUUGUCAACAAGAUGAAGAAAGAUGGCAAACUGAUCAUGGGCAUUGGGCACCGAGUCAAAUCUAUCAAUAAUCCUGACAUGAGAGUGCAAAUCCUGAAAGACUUCGUGAAGCAGCACUUUCCUUCUACCCAGCUACUUGACUACGCACUAGAUGUGGAAAAAAUCACCACCUCCAAGAAACCCAACCUUAUUCUGAAUGUUGACGGCUUUAUUGGCGUGGCCUUCGUGGAUCUGCUCAGAACAUGUGGAGGCUUUACACGGGACGAGGCAGAUGAAUUUGUGGAAAUCGGAGCACUGAAUGGGAUCUUUGUCUUAGGACGCAGUAUGGGCUUUAUUGGUCACUAUCUGGACCAGAAGCGGCUGAAACAGGGUCUGUACCGUCACCCAUGGGAUGAUAUCUCUUACGUCCUGCCUGAACACAUGUCCAUGUAACCAUGGAAACCAUACAAUCAGCCCAUCAUCACCACUUCGAUCAGCUUUGACCUCUAGGGCAUAGUCAUGUUAUGUCUUUUCAUCUUAAACAGCUUAACUUUGAACGUGUUGUGUGUCUAUUAGUCUGGUGAGAAAGCGUCAUGUCGUGCUGAUGUAAUGCUGUGAAAAUGUCUGAUUACAAAAAAUGUUAUGAAAAUUAUUACAGUUCACCUGGGCUGUGUGUUCAUUAGACUCUCUUUUUAGAUUGAUGUCUUUCUGCAGCUUUGGAUGAAAAGUGAAAUGAACUAGUGCAAUAACUAACUAUAUUUAACGAUAGAUACAUUGCUCUUUUUGAAAAUGGCCAAAUGUUACUAUUUUGAUUUGUAUUUUUAAAAGUUCACUGUGCCAGUGCAUUGUCUAUAAAGUGUACCUCAUCUCUCAUUAGUCAGUGCUGCUUGGAUGUUUUACAAAAACCUGUGUAUAAUAUUUGGUGCCAUUUCAUUUAUUAUUAUUAUUAUUAUUAUUAUUAACACCUAAAUGUGUCCAAGAAGUGUCAAGUUAUAUAAAGCCUACAUCCUGCUAUAACUGUGAAUUAACAAAAAAAAGUGUGUAUAAUUGAACAUAAAAUAAUCAGCUCCUGAA